CAAACCAAAAACGUUAGCAACUGCUCCGUGUAGGAGCUAUUAAGGCGGCUGCGGCGUAAACCCUCCGACGAAGCGACUCGGCAACGCUCGCAGCCGCCAACCGAUGGCUCUCCGGCGCCGCUCCCUGCGCGGGCUUCGCCACCUGCACACCGCCGCCGGUCCGAUCCUGUGGAGCCACGCAGCUGAGGAAUCCGACUUGCCAUCAUCGACCGUGCAGGUCCUGUCUUGGGGCCGCGGCGCAUCCGGCCAGCUUGGCGGAGGCAAGGAGGAAACCCGCUUGUACCCUUCCUCGGUGGCCACCCUCCGCCUCCCUCCCGAUUUCCGCCUUGCCCCCGUUCAAGGCCGCCUCCCUUCUCCGCCGGUUGGGUCCGCCGCCGACGCGAAAGUUGAAGUGGGGGUCUCGUGCGGGCUCUUCCAUUCCGCAUUGCUCGUGGAUGGGAAGUUCUGGAUGUGGGGAAAGGGUGAUGGUGGGAGGCUCGGGUUCGGUGACGAGAACACCGUCUUCGUUCCUACCUUAAACCCUAAUCUUGAAGGUGUUCGGAGUAUUGCCCUUGGUGGGAUCCACUCAACCUCCCUUACCCGCUCCGGAGAGGUCUUCACGUGGGGUUAUGGUGGGUUCGGAGCCCUUGGGCAUUCAGUUUAUCAUAGAGAAUUGCUGCCUCGAGUUGUAAAAGGUUCUUGGGAGGAAAAUAUUACGCAUCUUGCGACUAGUGGAGCCCAUACUGCUGCUAUUACUGAAACUGGUAAGCUUUUUACUUGGGGUCGUGAUCAAGGAGAUGGUAGGCUGGGACUUGGUAGUGGUGGAGGCCCCGGUGAAGCUGGUUCUUUUUCCAUCCCUUCCAAAGUAAAUGCACUACCUGUACCUGUCACAGCAGUCAGUUGUGGUGGUUUUUUUACAAUGGCACUUACUUCAGAUGGUCAAAUAUGGAGCUGGGGAGCAAAUUCAAAUUAUGAACUAGGGAGAGGCAAUAAUGUCAGUGAUUGGAGACCACAGACUAUUCCAAGCCUUAAAGACACUCGCAUCAUUCAGAUAGCCAGUGGUGGUUAUCAUUCUUUAGCUUUAACUGAUACCGGUAAAGUUCUUUCGUGGGGCCACGGAGGUCAUGGUCAAUUGGGUCACCCUUCUGUUCAAAACCAGAAAGUACCACUUGGCAUCGAGGCUUUGGCUCAGGAGCAUGUGGUGCAUAUUGCGAGUGGAGGGUCAACCUCAGCUGCUGUUACAGAUAAAGGUAAGUUAUACAUGUGGGGAAAUGCAAGAGAUUGUCAGCUAGGUGUUCCCGGUCUGCCAGAAUUCCAAAAACUGCCCGUUGAAGUUAAGUUCCUGAUGGAGGAUGAGGACUUGGGUCCGCACCACGUGAUUUCAGUUGCAGUCGGUGCAUCUCAUGCGAUGUGCUUGGUUUUGAGGCAGAAUGCCCCUCUUGCAAAACUUUGAAGACAGGCAUUAUGGAUGGUACUAAGCCCCUAUGAAGAUUAAGCUCUUUAAAACUGUUUGAGAAUGACACAAGUUGAGAUGAUUGAAGAACAGGGACAUUUGAAACUUAAAUUGACACAUGUCGGAUUUGUUUUCAGCUCUCAUGUAGAAGAAAUAAGCUUGGUGGAAGAGAACAAGUAGGGUUAAGAGUCCAGCCUAGUACUCAACAUGCGGCAACCUCGAGAAUAUGCAUCAUAAGGAGCUGCAUAAAACAAGGAAUGUGUUUUGGGGAAGCAAUAGAUAGAGAAUAACCUCCGUUGGUCUUUUCUUCUAAUUUAUUGUCGCGUUAACAUAUCGAAAGUUCCAGCCGUUCGCUUCGAGGAUGUAUGAAGAGGUACACUAACAUUUCAACCCAUGUAUUUGGGUAAUAGAGAUGAAGUGAUGAAAUUAUUAUCA